CAAGGGCCAGUCCCGGAGUUGUACCCCUCUGACCCUCCCGCGCUACAGUUCCGGAUAAGUGAGUACGCGCCGCCGAACAUGGUGGGAGCAGAGCAACCACCAAGCCCAGAGCUGCGGCGGGAAGGCGUGGCCGAGUACGAAGAUGGCGAGGCCCCGGCGGGGGGUGGCAGUGCGGACCCCCAACAGCCGGCGGGCCUCCCCCAGGACCCUCCAGAAGGUCCGCCUCAAGACCCACCAGAGGAUGAUGGCACCUGCCCGUGCCAGGCUUGUGGGCCUCAGCAAGGCGCUGGUCCAGAUCCUAGUUCCUGCAGUGAUGGCUGCCCUCAGCGCUUCCAGGAGCGGUCAGUCAUAGUGGAGAACUCCUCAGGCCAGAACAACUGCACCAGCGCUUCUGAGCUCCUCAAACCCGUGAAGAAGAGGAAACGCAGGGAAUAUCAGAGCCCAUCCGAGGAGGAGUCUGAGCCAGAGGCCAUGGAGAAGCAAGAAGAAGGAAAGGAUCCAGAGGGACAAGCUACCAGUAACACCCCAGAAAGUGAGGAAUGGAACAGCAGCCAGCCUGCCUCAGAGGAAAAGAAACCAGGCUGGUCGUGGGAAUCCUACCUUGAGGAGCAGAAGGCCAUCGCUGCCCCCAUCAGCCUCUUCCAGGACUACCAGACAGUCACUCAUAACAAGAAUGGCUUCAGACCGGGCAUGAAGUUGGAAGGCAUCGACCCUCAGCACCCGAGCAUGUACUUCAUCCUCACCGUGGCCGAGGUGUGUGGCUCCCGCCUGCGUCUGCACUUUGAUGGGUAUUCCGAGUGCCAUGACUUCUGGGUCAAUGCCAAUUCCCCUGACAUUCAUCCGGCUGGCUGGUUCGAGAAGACGGGGCACAAGCUGCAGCCCCCCAAAGGUUACAAGGAGGAGGAGUUCAGCUGGAGCCAGUACCUGCGCAGCACAAGAGCCCAGGCUGCCCCCAAGCACCUGUUUGUGAGCCAGAGCCACAGUCCCCCACCCCUGGGCUUCCAGGUGGGCAUGAAGCUGGAGGCUGUGGACCGCAUGAACCCGUCCCUCAUCUGCGUGGCCAGUGUGACCGACGUGGUGGACGGCCGCUUCCUGGUUCACUUUGACAACUGGGAUGACACUUACGACUACUGGUGUGAUUCCAGCAGCCCCUACAUCCACCCGGUGGGCUGGUGCCAGAAGCAAGGAAAGCCCCUCACCCCUCCGCAAGACUACCCAGACCCUGACAGCUUCUGCUGGGAGAAAUAUCUGGAAGAAACCGGGGCCUCUGCUGUGCCCACCUGGGCCUUCAAGGUGCGACCCCCACACAGCUUCCUGGUCAACAUGAAGCUGGAGGCCGUGGACCGCAGGAACCCAGCUCUAAUACGUGUGGCCAGCGUGGAGGAUGUGGAGGAUCAUCGGAUAAAGCUCCACUUUGAUGGCUGGAGUCACGCCUAUGACUUCUGGAUUGAUGCUGACCACCCUGACAUCCACCCAGCGGGCUGGUGCUCCAAGACGGGGCAUCCCCUGCAGCCUCCUCUCCAACCCAGAGAGCCCAGCGCUGCCUCCCCCACGGGCUGUCCCCCUCUCAGCUAUCGGAGCCCGCCACACAGCAGGACCUCCAAGUACAGCUUUCACCACCGGAAGUGCCCCACUCCUGGUUGUGAUGGCUCUGGCCACGUCACCGGCAAGUUCACAGCUCACCACUGCCUCUCGGGUUGCCCCCUGGCCGAGAGGAACCAGAGCCGGCUGAAGGCAGAGCUGUCGGACACGGAGGCCUCGGCCCGUAAGAGGAGCCUCUCCGGCUUCUCCCUAAGGAAGAAGCCUCGCCAUCACGGCCGGUGCGGAGGGCAAGGGUGCGGGGCUUCAAGUCCUCCGAGGCCAGAGCAGGCGCUGAGUCCCUGCCACGGGCCCAGCUCCUCUCUCUCCAGGAUCGGGCGCCCUCCAAAGUACCGGAAGAUCCCACAGGAAGAUUUUCCGAGUGAGUCCUGGGUCAUUUGUCCCCUGUGUCCUCCCCCGUGUUCACCGUGGCAGCUUGGUGUUUGGUGGGAGGACUCACCAGCGGCACACAGUGGGAGAGGCUGGGAGGCAGGUGUCACGAUACUCGGAGGUACAGAGCAGUGCUGAGACACGGCGUGGGGCCUCGAACGGCCUCACAUGCUAGCCCCUUUGUGCCUCAGGCCUUGCUGUGAGUCUGCCGGCAAGAUGCAGAGCCUCUCUGGGCUCCUGGUCACUCGCUUUGAGGUGGGAUGAUGCCCCCAGCUCUGCUUUUCUCAGUCCUGGCUUCCUGAGAGGGAAGUCAGGCUGUUACUCUCUAGCUGUGUGACCUUGAGCAAGUCACAUCUCUGAACUUCAGUUUUCUUAUUUGAAAACAUGAAUAAUACCUGCUUUUCAGGUGUCACUUACCUGAAAUAAUAGUGGCUGCUACACUAUCAAACACCUGCUAUAGGCCAAGCACCAUUUCAGGUGCUUUAUCUAUACCAUCUCGCUGUCUCUUACAAGUGGUCUGCAACAUGGAUGUGGUACACCUGGUCAGCUUCCAUUGUAAGGCUGUGUUCUGACUGCCAGAGGGCGCUUGCCUGCUGUGUUCAUUCCAGAAUUAUCCUGAGAACUUGGGAAGUCUUUCCAUGGAUGAAGCUGUGUGCCAGAUUGGACUGGGAAGGACUCACCCCAGUCCUGAGACACUUCAGGGACAGGGCGGGGGACAGCGCCCAGGCCUCUGACCUCUGGGCAGGGCUCCCCUGUUCCAUCAGCUGGGUCUCACACAGGGGACCCGGUCCCUCUGGGUUUUGUUCCGGAGACUUCUCACGCAUCCGUGGGUAGGCCUGCUCGGUGUGGGUCUGCUGGAAAACAGCUCCCUGGGGAAAGCUGCCUGCCUGGAGAGCUCAGGACUUGGCUGUGCUCACGGUGCUCAUGGGGCCCUCCAGGGCCCGUGAGUGUCAGCUCUUGGAAAGAACGAGGAAACCACCAUGAUUUCCUUACACAGCCGCUUUAUCUUUUUAUUUCUUCUUAAAAUUUAUUUGGCUGCACCGGGUCUUAGUGGCAGCGUGUGAACUCUUAG